CAUUUCUCCUCUCCCUGUAAUCACUCUGUAUUAAUAGUUUAGUUCACAUAGAGCGAGAGUGGAGAAGCCAUAGCUCGAGCCUCAGUCUCACACGAGUUGAAACGAAAAGUCGAGAUUUUGUUCGAACCCAUGAUUCUCAUUCGGAUAAAUCAUUAUCUUUCUGCUUAAUCGGAAAAUGGACGUUCUCGCCUUAUCCUCUUCCGCUUCCGCCGCCGCAACCGUUUAUUCUAUCGCCGGAAACUUCCCUUCGUUUCCUGCUAGGGUUAGCGUGAGAAGAGACCGAGAUAAUCUAUUAGCUAAACAGAAGAAGUUUUUAGUUUCUGCUUCGAAAAGGGAAGAGCCUAAGCUCAACGAAUGGGAUCAAAUGGAGCUCAAAUUCGGACGUUUACUCGGAGAAGACCCGAAAUUGACUUUGGCUAAGAUAGUGGCUAGAAAAGUGAAUCCAGAGGCUACGUUCGUUGAAAUUGAGAAAUCUUUCUACAAGAACAAGGGUAAAAUUGCUGAAGUUGAAGAGAUUCCAUUGGAUUGGUCAAAGGAUACGAAGAAGAAAUCUACUUCACUGGACGGAUUGAAAUUGGUAAAGCCUGUUCCCAAAGACGGUGUCAAAUUCGAAAAGCCUGUGAUGAAAAAGCCAAACCCUGUUAUGAAGAAGCCUACUGCUGCUCCCGUUGCUGCUCCAAAGGUGCAGAGGUUGCCUAAUGUUAUACUGAGAAAACCGAGUUCGUUUUAUGUUAGUAAUGAUGAUGAUGAGGAGUCUAAGUUGCGGUUGAAACCCAAUCUGACUCUGAAAAUGAGGAAUGAGAGGGAAAAUGAGAGGUUUAGUGACAUGACAUUGUUGAGAAAACCGGAACCAGUAAACGUAGAUGCAGAAGAGGAAGAAAAGACUCUUUCUGAUGGGUUAACUAUGGAGGGAGGAGAACAAGAAGAUGGAACUUAUUCACAGUAUACUCUUUUGGAGAAGCCUGAAGCGAGGCCCGAGCCUGUGAAGAUAGAAGAGGAAAUUGUAGAUAGCGGUGCUGUGGAAUCAUCAGAAAUAGAAGUUAACUUGAUUCAGAAGCCAGAAGCAAGGCCCGGACCUGGAAAUGUAGGAGAGGAAGUUGGAGAUAGCGGAGAUGUGGAAUCAUCAGAGAUAGAAAAUAACUCCCUUCCAAAUGAAAUGCAGCUUAAUAGCGAGAUAUCCUCUGAGGAGAAAAGCAUUAACAGUGAUCUACUCGAGAGAAUUCCUUCGAAACCAAUUUCUCAAAAAAUCGUUGAAGCUUCUUUACAAGGGAAACCACAAAGAUUAGAUCCGUCUUCUGCAGAGCCGUCAGUUCCAAACAGAGGACAACCGUUAAUCGUGAAUGAUGAAGGGCGUCAAGUCUCUGUUGACCUCAAGGGCCCUCCUACCAGAUCGUCUUUGGAGGAAAAUGAUUGGAAUAAGGCAGAGUCUCUAGUUAAGACAGAAUUACGAGCGGAUGUUGAGCUAAUCAGCUCGAGCACGAGAGGCUUCGCUGUUUCCUAUGGAUCGUUGAUCGGUUUUUUACCCUACCGGAACCUAGCAGCAAAAUGGAAAUUUCUCGCUUUUGAAUCAUGGUUAAGAAGAAAAGGUGUAGAUCCAUCAUUGUAUCGACAAAACCUUGGAGUAAUUGGAGGUCAAGAUGUCAUGAGUAAAGCUCCAUCUCCAGAUUCAAACUUAGAUUCUGAAGUCGCUACAACGAUCAGCGGAGAAGUUUCUCCUGAUAUGAAGCUGGAAGAUCUUCUUAUGGUAUAUGACAGAGAAAAGCAGAAGUUUUUGUCAUCUUUUGUUGGCCAGAAAAUCAAAGUGAAUGUUGUUAUGGCUAAUCGAAACUCAAGGAAGCUUAUAUUUUCAAUGAGGCCGAGAGAAAAUGAAGAGGAAGUUGAAAAAAAACGAAAUCUUAUGGCUAAGCUUCGUGUUGGGGAUGUUGUGAAAUGCUGCAUCAAGAAAAUUACCUAUUUUGGUAUAUUCUGUGAGCUAGAAGGUGUCCCUGCAUUGGUUCACCAAUCCGAAGUUUCAUGGGAUGCAACUUUAGACCCUGCUUCAUAUUUCAAGAUUGGUCAGAUUGUGGAAGCGAAAGUGCACCAGCUAGAUUUUGCUCUUGAACGUAUCUUCUUGUCAUUAAAAGAAAUCACUCCUGAUCCUCUAACCGAAGCCUUGGAAUCUGUAGUUGGUAGUGAUAAUGAUCAGUUGGGGGGACGAUUACAAGCAGCUGAGCUCGACACUGAGUGGCCUGAUGUGGAAUCUCUGAUCAAAGAGCUGGAAAAGGUUGAAGGAAUCCAAUCAGUUUCAAAAAGUCGUUUCUUCUUGAGCCCGGGUCUUGCUCCAACGUUUCAGGUUUACAUGGCUCCAAUGUUUGAGAACCAAUACAAAUUGCUUGCUCGAGCUGGAAAUAGAGUACAAGAGAUUAUUGUUGAAGCAUUGUUGAGCAAAGAAGAGAUGAAAUCUACAAUCAUGUCUUGCACCAACAGAGUAGAAUGAGAAUGUAUUGAGGAAUGGAUGAAUGAUUCCACUAUAUUUUUUUGUACUCAUGUAAGUGGUAUCAAGACAUUGUUACUCAUUAUAUAGUACUACAUAUCUUCCUAAAAAAAUCAGUUACUUUUCUUAAUCCAACAAA